CACUGUAUAUGCCAUUAUAAUAAUAAACGUAUAAAAUUAAAAAAAAUAGACCAUGACGGAAAUUUUUCAACUCAGUCCGUCAGAGUGACGGAGAAAGAUUUUCUCUAGCGCAGCCUCUGAUCAGGGUGUAUUUUAUCAGCCUCUAGGGGUUUAUUUUGCGAUAACAACUGGCUGAGUGUACAUUAUCCCGCUAAUUACACAGCUACUGACCAAAUAAAUAAAUUAAUGAUGCAAUAAAAUACAAUAAAAUAUUUCUUUGUGUUGAAAUAAAUAAUUAAAUUGCUGAACAACUGAAAUUCACAUCCAGAGUUCUGUUGGUGUUUAUUUUGUAAUUAUUGACUGUCUGACUUCUCAUUAUUCAGCCUAUUACAAGACUUCUUGCCAAAUAAAUAAAUAAAUGCACACGAAACAUUGAUUUGAGUUGAAAUUAUUUGAUUAGUUUACUUGUAGAGAUCGCACAGUGAGUCGAGAAUCAGGAGAGACUGCUCACAGAACCCGGAUGAGCGGUCUGAUACAUGGAUGUGCAGUUGUUACUGAGCAAUGUCAGACCACUAGAUGGCACCAUUGAACAAUCAGAAUAGAGGAUUCUAGAGAGCCGUGUAAUGAGUUAUUUUAUCAUACUAAAAUCAUGUUAACACACAUAUUCGAUACAUCUUGUGGCUAUACUUUUGAAACAGUGAGCAUUUUAAAGUUUACGAAUUGGCCCCCAUUCACUUCCAUUAUAAGUGCCUCACCGUAUCCCAGAUUUUUACUUUUUUUUUUUUUUUAAGAAAAGAAGGGACGAGUCGAAAUUAAUUUUGGUAGUAAUCAACAUUAUGCCACAAAUGCUAUCGAUUGAGCUUAACUUGUAUUAAACCUGGAAUAUUCCUGUCAUCACAGCUCAAGGUCCUGUGGAAACUCAUGAAUUGAAAGGGACCAUUCUUAAAUUCAGAAUUUUGCCCAUCCCUGGCUUGUGUCAGUCAGUGCUUUUUUUUUUGCAUCCAUGAAUCUUCACAAACUUCAUGUUUACAUUCUCAUGCAAGGCAACAUAUUGCCUAAGCCUAACCGUACGUUUCCACUAGAGUGAAAAACUCUACACGCAGUAUGCAAAGCCAAUGUGUUUUGCCUCUCAUUGUUUUCAGUGUACGAGCAAUAAUAUAAUCUUAUACAGUAUAUGCACGGUUACAGUUGGAAAGAUGCCAGCUUAGAUUUUGAAUGCCAACAGUGUACAAAUAGUGUUGAUUUAUUACACUUUUGCUUACCCAGCCAAAGUAUUACCACAAUGCAUGUGUGCAAUCAUCAUUUGAAGUCUGUUUGAAGUCAGAAAUUUACAUGAUGAUGUGAUUAAAGCACUGAAUCCAGCAGAAACUCCAGCAUUAAAGGCAUAUUUUAAGCGCUUAUGACAUACAUCACUGCUUUCAGCUCACAGUGAUAGGCUGCAGCCUGGCGUUUUUCAUUCCAUAUAAAGCCAAGGAAUUUGAACUUUUAUGACACCCUCGACCACCCUCAACACUUUCUCUGCACUGCUGUCAAUCCCACAAUCCACCUCGAGAGCGUGUCGCACGACUUCCAUAGGAAUUAAUUGAAAACACUUGCUCAUCUUCGCUCACCAUACGGCAGUGGAAACAGGUGGAGAAAUCGACACAAAGAGAAAAAGAGAGAGGACACAUGAGGAGAGAAGGGAGCAAGUGAAUUAAUAAAAGAAAGGGGCAGAGUCUACUGGCUGUCUUCUUUCUGCCGCACCCAACAAGAGCGUAGUCUGACAUUACUCUUUCAUGCUCAUAUGCUUUUCAUGAGUUCCACUGAUUCUAUCACUGUCCCUACCCUCUUUUUAUUUAGACUGUCCCUCUUCAAAACAUAUGAAUGUUUCUUUUGUAUGAUUUUCAUCCAGAUACCUACAGUGUUUUGUUUUAUUUAAAUUUAGAAAGAUUACAGGCUGUUGUUGUUGAGUUUUUAGCUUUUCAUUGUUGCUUGUUCUCUCCUUUUUUUACUAUAUCAAAAUUAAUGCACCAUAAGCACUGCGCACCCUCAACUCACCCUUGAGGCUUUCCCUUAACUCUAUCUUUCUCUCCUCUUCCUUGAUGGAAGUGCAUCCAAAGGAGUCUGGCUGACUGGCUUAAGACAGUGGAUGCAGCAAGAUUCUCUGUUAAUAAUUCAAACUGCACUGGAAAUUAUGAGCACUCUUGAUAAAUCAAAGCCUUUCUUAAGAAGUCACAGGGACACAUUAUUAUAUUUGUAUAUUCUGGUUUGAAGCAGAAACAUUUUCAACAAAAUGUUGGAUUAAUGAAUUAGAGUUUAAUGUAGAAGUACAAAUUGUAAUAUAAUAUAGUAGGUUUAGAGUUUUUAUUUAUUUUAAAGGAGUCAUAUGAUGUAAAAAAAAUGUAAUUUUUAAAACUCAAAAUUUCUUCCCCAAGAUAAUUUAUUAGAACUAGACAUGGGUUGUUUUGUAAACCUGUCACAAUGCAAUGCAAAGAGGCUGUUAUUAAAGGAUGCAACAGUGCCAACUAUGUUGGAUGUUGUAUCUUAAUUAACUGGUUUGAUUCAAUAUCAUUGAAUCAACCUGAAAUCAUUAGGUUACACCAACAAAUUUUUUUUGAGGCUUAGAUCAAGUAGAAAUAGCUCCUUAAAGUAACUAUUGCAGGUUUCCACUUUUUACAGUUUUUCAUAUCAUAUGCUACAAAAACGUUUACAUAAAAGUCUUAAAGGUACAGCACCAAAAUGGCCUACUUAAGAGACAGGGUCCACAAUGCUCAUGAAAACCUAAAAGAGCAUCAGGACUGGGGAUGAUACCUCACCAGUGCAUCGUCUGAAACUAACUCACUCUGUAGUAUUGACCACUUUAAAUCAAUACCUCCACAUAUAUUCAGACUCUCUCUCUCUCUCUCUCUCUCUCUCUCUCUCUCUCUCUCUCUCUCUCUCUCUCUCUCUCUCUGCCUCAUCUGAAAGGCAUUACGUAAUGUCAAGCUAUUAUGGUGUCAUUAGCAAAAAAUAGCCCUUUGUCCUCAGACAGAGGGACGAUGAUUCAGGGAAGCAAUUGUGACAUUCCGGAGUAAACAUAAUUUAAUUACUGGAAUGUAUUUGUGUUUGUGAGUGUGUAUUAGAAUGGAGUGUGACACUCUGCUGAACCCACUAUGACUGGCACUCCAUUGCAUCAGCCACUGGAUGUAUUUGUCCCUGAGCAAACCUGUCAUCUGAGUUUAACUCUAUCCAGCAGUGCCUUCACUUUAUGUGCUGUUUAAAAAAGGUUUACUCGGCUAGUGUGUGUGUGAGUGAGUUUAUUUUCAUACAUGUGAAUGUGACUUUGUAUCAUCAUCAUGGCCUCGGUGAGUGCGACCUUGGAGAAUCAACUCCACAGCGCGCAGAAGAACCUGCUGUUCUUACAGCAAGACCAUGCCAACACAUUGAAGGGCCUUCACGCUGAGAUCCGCCGCCUGCAACAGCACUGCACAGACCUGACAUAUGAGCUGACAAUGAGGAGCUCUGAUCCAGGCGAUGAUGGCGAGGCUCGCUGCAGAGAGCUGCACCAGCGCUGUGAGGAGCUGGAGGCUCAGCUGAAGGCUAAAGAGCAGGAAAACAUGGAGCUCCUGCGGGAUCUAGAGCAGAAGAACGCCAUGAUCUCCGUGCUGGAGAACACCAUCCGUGAGCGAGAGAAGAAGUACCUGGAUGAGCUAAAGCUAAAGAGCCAUAAGUUGGCAGUGCUGUCUGGAGAACUAGAGCAGAGAGCCAGCACCAUCGCUUACCUCACCUCCCAGCUCCACGCUACCAAAAAACGGCUUCUCGCUGGGGGCGCAACUGGUAUAAGCCCCUCCGUCAGCCCAAUUGCCUCUUUCAAACCAACUCCACCUUCCACUCCAGUGCCUACUGGAAAUGAAAAGGACAUCCGCCAACCUGAGACCCCUCGCAGGCGUAUGCGCAAAAGUCUUUCGCAGCCGCUGCAUUCUGAAUACACGGAGCUGUAUCGGUUGGGCGCCAUGGAUGGGCGCAGGGUGGUGCUGAGAGAUCCCGUAGAUGCCAUGCCAGAUCCCACACCCUUCCUGCAAGCCAGAGAGCCAGCUGGCCCUGCAGAGUCUCAGCCAGUGCUGCGGGAACGCCCUUCUGUAAUCCCGCCUAUUGCCUCGACCACACCCCCUGCGCCAUCAAGUCCCGCCCAUAUCCCUGUGCCCCCAAGCCCCAGGAAUAGUCCAGCACGGGAGGGGUCUAAUUCCCAUGCUAAUGCACAUAUAGGAGUGGCACAUAGGAUCCAUCGCUCGCCCUCAGCGGGUAGAGGUGCUGCCCGGCCAAAGGCAGAGGUGGAAACCCUCGCCGUGGACCAAGUCAGUGGGGAGCAGGUAGUUCGCAAACGCUCAAGCGCAGACAGAACUGUCUAAAACUGAGAAAUGCACACAUGUACAGACCCUAAAACACAGAUAGAAGUAUAAACAUAGCCGUAUUAAGACCAAUGCAGUAUGUGCAGAACUCGAUAUGACUGUUAAAACACAUACACACACACAUGCUCAAAACAGUAGAACUAUUUAAAUAAAGUAUGAAACACAUAGACAUAUCAUUUAAUUUGCUACAGAUUUCACACUAGCAAACACAACUGCACAGCACGACCCUGGAAGACACUGUAUAACACACUGGCAAAUGAACAAGUGACUUUUAGGCAAAGACUGUCUAAGAAUGAGAGACAGUUAAUGUGUUUCUAAAAGAAAGUUGGAGAGACUUUGGAGGGCAGCAAGAGCUACUGUAUGUCCUGCUGCUUUUAAUGCAACAUGGAACAAGAACAAAAAAAGGGGGAAAAAAAGACUUUUGCUCAUGGUCAUUUUAACUUUUCUUGUUUUACCUCAGUCGAGAAGAACUGUGAGCAUGCCAAAUGUUUAUUUUUCUUUACCAUCUGAUUUUCAGUGUCUUCUUUUUGCCAUUUAUGUCCCACUCGGUUUGUUGUCAAGGUGCAUCACACACACAUACAGUAUAUUGCCAAAUCUUGUCAUUGCCUGCUGAUUUAAUGUGCUCUGAUGCAUAUUCAUAUCUACUCAUAUUUAUUCAUGAGCACUGCAGUAGUACUGGAAUCUCUAUUCUCCUUCAGCUCUCCUUUCCUUCUCAAUGACAUAUCUACUGGCUAAUGUGAAGAAUCCUGCUGCUCCAUAUUAAACACCUGCAGAAAUGAAAGGACUUAUGUCUUAAAUAGGUGACUUUAAUUCCUAAUCGCACUGUUGCACUUGC